GAGGAGCGGGGUGAUGGAACGGCUUUAAUUCGAAUUCGAUGUCAGUGAAAUGCCUUCCUUCGCAUUGAGUUCCUCGUUGUCGUUCUUCUUCUUCUUCUUGAUCUGUUUCUUCUCCAUCUUCCUCUCUUGAGAGAAUUAAGAGGCUGUUUUGGUUGCUCACUUGGCUGUGUUAAACACCCUCAAAUUGGCCUAAUGGUGAGAAGAUUGUGCAGAGAUAAGGAAGUAGGCACGGACAAGGGGCAGUAGUAUCUCCUUAUGGCACUUGAUGCUACUUACUAUGAUGAUAUGAGUGUCAACCCUGAGGUUAUUGAUCCUUCUAAAAAUGAAGAUAUGGUGGAAGUAAGUGAGCAUGUUAAUGACCAUGUUCAGCACUCACCAAAGCCGAAUAUUUCUGUUGCCAGCAGUGUGCGUGAGCUUUUAGAAUGUCCUGUAUGCUUAAAUGCCAUGUACCCUCCUAUUCAUCAGUGCUCAAAUGGUCAUACUUUAUGUUCUGGAUGCAAACCUAGAGUUCACAAUCGAUGCCCCACUUGCAGGCAUGAGUUGGGUAAUAUAAGAUGUCUCGCAUUGGAGAAGGUUGCAGCAUCUCUUGAAUUGCCCUGCAAAUAUCAAAGCUUUGGUUGUUUGGGUAUAUAUCCAUACUACUGCAAACUGAAACAUGAAUCACAGUGCAUAUUUAGGCCCUACAAUUGUCCCUAUGCUGGAUCUGAGUGCACAGUUGUUGGUGACAUUCCUUAUUUGGUGACUCAUCUAAAAGAUGAUCACAAGGUCGACAUGCACAAUGGAAGCUCCUUCAACCACAGAUAUGUUAAAUCUAAUCCGCAUGAGGUUGAAAAUGCAACUUGGAUGCUGACGGUUUUCAGUUGCUUUGGACAGUUCUUCUGCCUUCAUUUCGAGGCAUUUCAGCUGGGUACAGCCCCUGUAUACAUAGCAUUCUUGAGAUUUAUGGGGGAUGAUAAUGAAGCUAAAAACUACAGCUAUAGCCUCGAGGUUGGUGGCUAUGGAAGGAAGAUAAUUUGGCAAGGUGUGCCUCGAAGCAUAAGAGACAGCCAUCGGAAGGUGAGAGACAGUUACGACGGGCUUAUCAUCCAGCGAAAUAUGGCUUUAUUUUUCUCUGGAGGGGAUCGGAAAGAGUUGAAGCUGAGGGUAACUGGGAGGAUCUGGAAGGAACAGUGAAUAUAUAAUUCUCUGUUGCAAUCUCUUUUGCUUUCGUUAUGGAUUGCUAGAGUAUUGAGUUCUCCGAGUCUCUCUAGAUUUGAAUUUUGGAGGGAGGUUAAGUAUUAUCAGCAGCAAAAUUUCUUUGCUCGGUUGAUGUUUGAACUUGCUUAAAAUGUAUGAGAACAUCUUUUAGGCUAUAAAUUCUACACCGUAGUUGACAAAUCCUAGGUGCGUCAUGUUGAAUUUGUCCUAUAUAUUUCUCUUCUUUUCUUCUUUUUUUUUUGUCUUUGUCCCAUGGAAGUUAAGCUAUGUUGUGGUUAAUUAUGCAUUCCUGAGUCAUAGUCAUGUAUAAAUCAUAGAUCAUGUGAGUUCCAUUUCAUUAUCAGAUGACUUUUUCAGAGCUCA